ACCGAAUGGAGCGAAGUCGCCAAUGGCUAUAAACAAACCGGUCUGGCACCGUAACAAUGGGCCAGAAACGGAAGACCCCAUCUCCGGAUCCAAAGACUAGUCGUUUGAAAACACUGAAAAGGAUUGCCAGGUCCAGAUCCCCAGGCAGGAAGAGGAUCAAACUCAGUCCCAAGAAGAAACGUCCUGUCACCCCUUCCAAAACAAAAACAAAGUUAAAUAGGGGCCUGAAGAAGCACAAGACACACAGAAAACUGUUUCAAGGAUUCAAAUGUCAAGUUACAGCAAGUACCCCGGAGCACAGUGAGUCAGAGAACCAGGUGCUCUUCAGCCUGCCGUCACCCCCCUUCCAGUCUGAGGAGGACACAGAGCCAGGCCUGGUUAUCACUCUCGAUGAGGAGCAGCAGCGUAAGAUCCAGAAGCCACAGAGGAGGAAGAAUGGGAGGAGAGCAAAAGCCAAAGCAGCCUGCACAGAUACUGAGGAGGAGGAGAAGGUGGGAGGGGAGCGGAAGGAGGAGGAGGAGGUGCAAGGUGCCCCAGAUGGAGGAGAGGACGGGGAGGAGCAGUCGGACGGGGACUGUGGCAAGCUGGACAGAGACCUGGAGCGCAAGUCACGCCAACACAACUUAACCGCCGUCAACGUCCGAGACAUUCUCCACGAAGUCAUCACGAAUGAGCAUGUUGUUGCAAUGAUGAAAGCAACCAUCAUAGAAACACAAGACAUGCCCCUCUUUGAGCCCCAGAUGACCAGGUCGAGGCUGAAGGAAGUUGUUGAGAAAGGAGAGGGAAUUCCUAAAUCUAAUGGAGUGAAGCCUCCACAGUUUGUGGACAUCCCCCUGGAGGAAGAGGAAGACACCUCUGAUGAAGAGUACUGUCCCGAUGAAGACGAGGAGGACGAGACUGGUGAAGACACGUUCCAGGAGAGUGAUGUGGACAGCACCGCCUCCUCCCCCAGGGUCAGCCGGGUGGGGCGUUCUAGAACCCCAGUGGAACACUCCGAGGGGGAGAGCCAGAGCCCCCGACCGAAGUUGAAGGCGUGCAGGCACCUGCGUGUGGCCGUGGUCCCCAUGGGCCCCCCUCCUCCCCCCCAGGCCUGCAGCUCCCCACGCCCCCCGGGGCCUCCGGGGGCCCCCGACUGCUCCUUCAUGGAGAAGCUGCACGCCGUGGACGAAGAGCUGGCCUCCAGCCCCAUCUGCAUGGGGCCCUAUCAGGCCCUGAGUGGGGGCGGCGGGGCGGAGUGUGGUGGGGGCGGCGGCGGCGGGGGCGGAGACAACAGCCUGAUGGCGUGCCGCACGCGCUCCAAGCGGACGCUGCGGAACAUCCCCCUGGGCACCCUGGAGGCGGAGCUACACGCGCCGGACAUCACGCCCGACAUGUACGACUACGGCUCCGCCCUCCUGGAGGAUCGAGACUGGAGCGACUGGCUACGCGGCCUCAUGGAUAACGUAGACAACGAAGAGGAGGGUGAUGAUGAGGAUGACCCGGAGUACAACUUCCUAGAUGACCUGCGGGAGCCCGACCGGGAGGACUACCGCACAGACCGCGGCGUCCGCAUCACCAAGAGAGAGGUGAAUGAGCUGAUGGACGAGCUGUUUGAAACGUUCCAGGACGAGCUGGAGUGUGGAGAGCAGGACGGCGAAGGGCGUGAGGAUGAGGAGAGGGACGAAGAGCUGCCUCCUCCCACCACGUCCAACUUCAACGUCCCCCAGGCCAUAAGGUUCGAGGAGCCUCUGGCCAAGAUGUUGACGGCGUGUCGUCGCUCCGUGCUGGGACCUCAGGAGUCCUCGCCGCAUGGCAGAGGAGAGUCCUCCCAGCAGCCCCACAGGGUAUCCCAGAAUGCACCGGGGCCACAGGUGCUGCUCCUCCCCCCGCCCUGCACGCUGCUGCUCUCCACGUCCCAGAAGCAGCGGCUACAGCAGCAGGUCCAGCAGCACGUGCAGCUGUUGACCCAGGUCCACCUGCUGGGUACCGCCGUGGAGAGCCUGAAACCAGACGCCGCCACCGCCAAACUAUACCUGUCGGAGCUCCAGUCGUUUGCGGAGCGUGGGGAGCAGCUGAGGUCAGGUGUGCAGCCCGGCUUCGUGAGCUCCUUCAGGGCCUGCAACCUGCAGCCCUCCCUGGAGCUGCUGGAGGAGCUGAGCAAGACCCCCUCCAUAUACGCACCACCCGCCAAACCACUACGCCCGCACCACGCGCUCCCCCCUCAGCUGGCCUGGCUGAUGGCCACCAGACCGGUCUUCAUGUACCCAGAGCUGCUGCCCCACGUCAGCCUUGAACCCUCCAAGCCUCCACCCCGACACGUCGUCUUCUCCAAGACAGAGGACAACCUGCUGGUCUUGGGCCUGAAGCACUUCAGAGACACAGAGCUUCCUGACCACCUGCUGUGCCGCUACCUGCUCCGAAACAAGACGCGGCACAACGUACGCACUCACAUCCAGGACGUGUGCGCCCCGCAUGCAGCCCCCAAUGUCGUCAAGGAUUACUUCCAGCAUUACGCGGUGCCUGCUCUGUCUGCCCUCUGUGCUCCUGUGAUGCCUGGAGAAGAGCGCCCCCCGGUGGAGAGAGACGAGACUCUCCUUCCACACUGGCUGAAGAGAAGUUUACCACACAUCCACAGGGCCGUCCUGGAGUACAACAAGCUUCUGAAACCAGGCGGCCCAGGAAAGACCAACAACAACAUAUCCCCUCCGUACGUCUUCCCCAAGGGCGUACGCUACCCUCCCGCCAUGCCAGAGAACCUCACCCUGCGCAUGAACUCCGGGGGUUCCAAGUCCAAGUCGAAACCACUCCACGGCUUCUCCAGUUCCUCCCUGGCUCCACUGGCUAAAGCCCCUACCCACGUCCUCAGCACGCCGCCCACCCUGGGCGUGUCUCAAGGCGUGAUCCUAUUGGCCAGUGCCCCUUGCACUCCUCUUCAAAGGGCCAACGUGCCCUUGGCUCCGGCUGUGUUGACUCCGGCCCACGGGGCGGUCCCGGUGAACAUCCAGAGACCUGCCACCAGCUUACAGCCCUUAACGCAACUGCCCAUAGCUCAGGCGUCUGUUCAUGGGCUCACCACCACCACCACGCAGGCCAAAGCAACGCCUGUCUGCUUCCCAUCAUCAUCAACAGGCUUACUCCAGAUCCCCACCACAGGCCCCACGCUGGGCACUCCCAUCUUCCACCAAAGUGUUCUGACCACAUGCGUGCCGCCGUUAUUUACUCAAAAUCAAAAAUGGACCACCAAACUGAUCGAAAAAGACAAUCCUGUAAUAAAGCAGGCGUUUCAGCCUCGUAAGCUGCACGCCAUCCAGCCGGCGCCCCUGAAGCCGGCGCCUCAGAUGCCCCAGCUGCUGUCCAUCCAGACGGAGCAGGGCGUGAGGCUGCUGAGCGUCAAGAGCCUGGACGCCGAGGCCAUACCACUCACGGGGCAGGAGAGGGUCAGUGGAGGAGGCCUGGACACCAUUCACGGCCCCUCCUCUUCCUCCUCUUCUUCCUCCCCCUCAUCGUCUUCCUCUUCCUCCUCCUCCGCCUCCUCCUCCUGUGCCGUACCCAUGUCAACAGCCUCGUCCUCCCAAGAUCCCGUGUCUGCAGUCCGCCCCAGUGUGAGCAACAACGAGGUGGUGGUAGCUCAGACAACCACGUCGUCUUCCAUACCGACGAACACCGAAGCCACCACCCCCUGUAAUCAACCACAAGACAUCGCAGCUGCGCUGCUGCCGAUCCUCUCUACGUUAGAUCCUUCCCAAAUCGCGCUGCCGCCUACGUCUCCGAGCGGUAGCGUCAGCAGCGCACAGUCUGGACAGGUGCUCUUCUCCCACAAUCCUUCGUCUCCUCUUGAGGCGGCCACCGGUGGGAAGGUGAGUCCGGAUAUCGAGCGCGAGCGGAGCAGGUACAGAACUGAGGGGGAGGGAGCAGCAGCUUCGUCCUUGUGGAGUUCUCCGCCGGUUGCCAAUAGUCCACAAGGGGGCGCUGAAGGGGCGAGAGACGAGACCGAGACUGCAUCCUCGUGCAGUCCUCCUGUUGCCAGUACGCCACAGGGGCGCACCGUUUCCCAGAAUACUCGAUGCCCUAUCAGCCAGCCUAUUGCAACCAAUCAGCCAGCUUUCCAAACCAACGCUGCGGUACUAGCUUCAAGCAUUAGCACACUUUCUCAGCCUAACCCUAACCCUAACCCUAAUCCUAAUCCUAACUCCAUAAGCAGGGUGCCACCUCAACAACAGCUGGUUUUAGUGAAGACCACUUCACCCGGUGCCCCUCCUCAGCUCCUGCUGCUCCCUCAGACCUACCUGCUGACAAAUGGACCAACCACCACUGGACCCACCGGACAUCAUGGCAUCACGCCCUUGACCAAAGAAGUCCUAAAGACAUCCGACUCAUCAUCGUCAUCAUCAUCAUCAUCAUCAUCAUCAUCAAAGACAGUUGACCCUAAAACUAAUGGUAACCAUCGACCUGAGAACUCUGCUGCUCGGUCUAAUGGUGACCAUCGACUUGAGAACUCUGCUGCUCGGUCGACCAACAACUCAUCCUCCUCCUCAUCCUCUCCACUGCACACCACUCUGCAGGAGGUCCGCGAGGGGAUGGUGCGGCUCAUCGAGGGCAUCAAGGACUGGAGUGAAGAACAAGAUGAUGAAGACGACGACAGACAAGAAAGGACAGAAGACGGCAAUGAAGAUGAUGGGUGGGGAGGAGAUGAGGAAGAGGAAGAGGAAGAUGGGGGCUUGGAAGAUCAUCACCUGACGCUCUCUGACUCUGAGUCUGAGUCUUCGUCGAGCCCAGCCUCUAGCUUGGACAGUCAUGAUGACGACAACGACGACAACGUUUUGGAAAGGACGAGGGAGAGUGAGGAUGAGGAUGAGGACGGAGAGGAGUCGUCUGACUCACCCAUGUCAGAGGAGGACAGAGAGGAGGAAGGACACAGGCGUCCAGAGGUGCUCACUUUAACCUUGGGAACAGGGGAUAAUAAGAAUAGUAAUAAGACUUCAGAAGAGACCAACGGGAACGGAGGAGCAAGAGAAAAUGGAGACGGAGGUGAAGAAAGGAAUGGCCAAGGCGGCGAAGGAGGAGGGGGAGCCGGGGAAGAAGAGAAGGAUGGAAACGAAGGCCAGGAGCAAAACGGAGGGAAGAGAGGAGAAGAAGGAGAAGAAGGAGGAGAGCAGAGUGGUGCUGGUGGUGGAGGGGGUGAUAAAGGUGGAGAAGGUGGUGAUGGAGACGGAGAGAAGGAUGGAGACGGAGGGAAGGACGGAGAGGAAGAGGAAGAGGAGGACUUUGAUGACCUCACUCAGGACGAGGACGAGGAGGAAGUGAUGUCAUCCGCCUCUGAGGAAUCCGUCCUGUCCGUUCCCGAACUUCAGGAAACGAUGGAGAAGCUGACCUGGCUUGCGUCGGAGAGAAGACUCUGCGGAGACGGCGACUCGGAGGAGGACAACUCCCCCGCCUCGCCCGUCUCCCAGGAGGAGAACUCCGAGGAGGAGGAGGAGGGAGGCGGGAAAGGGGAGGAGAUGGAGAUGGAGAUGGAGCUGGAGAUGGAGCUCGGGGAGGGAGGUGCCAGUAAACUACCAGAAGGAGAUGUUCCACAGGAGGAGGACGACCCACCGCGGGCCAGCGGGAGAGGAGGCGCAGGACGGGGCAGAGGGCGUGGGCGUCCUCCUCCGCGGAGCCUGAAGAGAAGCCGUCGGCAGGAGAGGAGCAGCAAGGACACGGGCAAACUACUGCUGCUCUACGACGACCGUAUCCUUGACAACGACCCCUUGAGGGAGAGCAAGGACUUCGCCUUCGCCCAGGCCUACCUCAACAGGGUGCGAGAGACGUUGCAGGACUCUCCGGGUAAGGUGGAGGAGUUCCUGAGCCUGCUGUAUGAGUUUGAGCGCAGCAUGAAGGCGGGCGACAACACCAGCAGCAGUGCUGUGGAGCUCUUCUCCCAGGUCAAACCCCUGCUGAGGGACCAGCCAGACCUCCUCAAGGACUUCGCAGCCUUCCUGCUGCCCGAGCAGGCCCUGGAGUGUGGACUGUUUAAGGAGCAGCAGGCGUUUGAGCGGAGCAGGCGUUUCCUGAGGCAGCUGGAGAUCAGCUUUGGUGAGAAUCCUUCGCACUACCAGAAGAUCGUGCGCGCCCUGCAAAGCGGACCCGGCCUCAGCCCUGCAGGCGUAGAAGAGCUGAAACAGCAGAUGGCGACGCUGCUGAAGGGCCACACCCACCUGCAGGGGGAGUUCUGCUUGUUCUUCGAGGAGCUGCGUCCUCCGGCAGCGCGGCCGGGCCAGUUCGAGGAGGCCAGCUGGCCAGAAGACGACGCAGGGGGAGGAGGAGGAGAGGGCACGGGAGCCGGAGCAGGGGCCGGGGGAGGAGGAGGAGGAGGAGCCAGCGCAGGGUUCGAGGAAGUGACGCUCUCCGACCUGGAGGAGGAGGAUGAGGUGCACAAGAUCCGACCAAUGGCGGCACGCAGCAGGAGGAGGAAAGAACUGGCCAGGCAUCGCAAUUACAAGGCUUGUGAUUGGCCAGAAAAAGACUGCUCCUGUUCCUGUCACGACGCAGCUCAAGACACGAAACUCCGGAAACAUCGAAGGAAGGCGUGUUCUCAUUGCCAUAGCAACAAGGCCUCAGACGUGUCCAAGGUGAAGAGUCCAGAUCCGUCCGACGCCACCGUCACCAGUCCCACAGCGGGCACGCCCUCCGACAGGGGCGGCGAGGAAGCGGAGGAGGGCAAAGAUGUCGACGUGGACGCAGACGCAGACGCAGACGCAGACGCAGACGCAGACGCAGAUGCAGACGCAGACGCAGACGCAGAUGCGGAUAUGAAGGAGGAACCAGAAAGUGGAGCAAGCAGCCCACGUCACGAUCAAGGUUGCCAGGUGUGGGAUGGCAGUGAGGGUGACCCACUUCCCAUCACUGAGGGCAGGGAGGAGGAGGAGGAUGAGGAAGAGGAGGAUGAAGAAGAAGAGGAGGAGGAUGAGGAGGAGCAGGAGUGGAGGGAAGGAGAAGCAGAGCAGGGCCUCACACCCAGGAAGCGCAUGAGGACAGAGGAGAGGACGGAGGAAAAGAUAGAGGAGCGGACGGAGGAAAAGACGGAGGAGGGGGCGGAGGACAAGACAGAGGAGGAGACGGAGGAUAAGACAGAGGAGAGGGCGGAGGACAAGACAGAGGAGAGGGCGGAGGAGGGGACGGAGGAGGGGACGGAGGAUAAGACGGAGGAAAAGAUAGACGAGAGGACGGAGGAGGGGACGGAGGACAAGUGUCCCACCCCGUCACCUCUAGACCAGGACCCAGCCACGCCUCAGCCGCGGCCCAGCCCCAACUCAGCCGACAACCCCGUCUGUGCCAAAAACAUCUCGCUCACGCCCAGCGGGGAGAAGGUCAUCCUGUGGACCAGGGAAGCGGACCGGGUGAUCCUCACCACGUGCCAACAGCAGGGGGCGAGCCAGAGCACCUUCCAGGCCAUCUCAGAGGAGCUGGGGAACAAGACGCCCAGCGAGGUGUCCCAGAGGUUCCGAGCCCUGAUGCGUCUGUUCCACACGUCUGCCUCCCAGGCCAGCUCUGAGGACGAGGCCAGCAACACGGAGCACCUGUCAGCCACCGACGAGGAGCAGGACUGACCAGAGAGCACACUGGCGCCCAGACUACUGGAGUCUCUACCAGUAGGGGCUAGAUGGUUUAGUGGCAUGUGGCAGAGAGCACACUGGCAUCCAGAAUCCAUAUUCUACUGCUACUCCUCUACAGCACCAAGGACACUGACAUUACAGACUACUACCAGAGAUUCUUUAAGUAUAUAGAGAUAUGCCAAUGUAAUAGGUUGCUAUGGUCACCUAACAUGACCAGGUUCCGGUCUGCCUAAAGGGGCGUGUCAUAAUACUCCUAGCAUUGAAUAGAACAGUCCUUAGGUCUGCCUAGGUCUGCCUAAAGGGGGAUUUCCCCCCCUCCCCCUUGCAAUAAUAGAACCCGGAAACAAUGGGCCAAUGGAACCUCUCUCUCUCUACUCUCUCUGCUACUACUGCAUGCCUAGUGAAGGGAAGUAGAGUUGCCCAGACUCUGGAAGUUCUGUGCUGGAGACCUGCAGGAGACGUACUGUCAGCGGCGGGACUUCGGGAUUCCCUACCAGUAGGGUUAGAUGAUUUAGUGGCAUGGCAAAGGAAAGGAAAGAUAUGUUGUAGGUUGGUGGACACACAUUAUUCACUGACUGGUUAGGGUUAGGAAUGGGGUUGGUCUUGGCACAGUUCGACAUGUUUAAAGGAUGAUUGAAACACGUUGUUCACUGACCG